GUCCUGCUCCAGUUCUCCAUGCAAUCCUUUUCCUGAGUUGCAGUGUGAUGCCUGGGCCCAAUGUGUCAUACUGCUGCUCCACGAAUAGCUGGCUGCAGUGAUGUCCAUCCCCAGAGUUACUACAGCAGGUAAUGACAAUAUAUUAUGAAGAUGCUAAAUUUGGUAUUUGUUAUGACUAGAAGUGAAUAGGAUCUGUUGGCUGAUCAGUUUUAGCAGACAAGGCCAGUAUCCAUGAAUGAACAUCUUAACCCAGAAGAAAAAAAAUGGCAUAACACCGCACAAAUAACCAAAAAUUGUUCAAGGACCCAGAGCUCAGAUCAGUGCUGUAAGAGUUGAAGACCUGAAAGAAAGUUGGGACCUUUACUUGUAAACCAUUUUUUGUUUGUGGACACUUUUUUUUAAGGAACAGUCUGAAGUCCAUAUUUCUUCUGUGUCAGGGAAAAGUGAAUACAAUCACAGCGCAUGAGUCAAGGUCAACCACAAGCCACAAAGAGACCACCUAUUCUGCACAUCACAAGUUCUACUUCUACAACAGUUAACCAUCAUUAUUGGAAUGGACUUUUUUUAUUUUUUGCCGACACUCUCAAUAAGCUCUAUACAGGUGCCACUUCAGUUUUAAGUUCAAGUAACCAAGAAAAAGAGAAUCAAGACACCCCCGCUCUCUUCCAUGAGAAUGGUGCGUUUGAGUCUUAUCAUGCUUGGUAUCUGUGUCAGCAUUGAUCUACGAUAUGCCACCCCUGCAGGUGCAAAAAAUUUGUUUGUCCAUUCUCCCCCAAGGCUCAGUGUACAAACUGGAGCUAAUGCGACAUUCACUUGCAACAUUUCAGCUCUGAACUACAAUCCAGAUGACUUUAAUUGGUAUAAAACAGGGGACACAUCUACAAAAAUUGCAGACCUAAAGAGUCAAACCAAUAAACUGCUUAUCACUAUAAACUGGGAUCGGCGUGAAGCUGUAUUGCACAUAUCCAAUGUUACAUUUAAUGACAGUGGAAAAUAUUAUUGCAGUCACCUGAACUUAUCUGGGAAUGAGCAGAUAAUUGUCAGUAACACGUCAGAGCUCUUUGUGAACAGUUCUAAAAGCAUCCCAAUUGCAGUACCCAAUGAUAAUAAUAACAGCAGACCUACUGAGAGUAGCCUACAACCACUAAACAUGUUUAUCAUAUCUACCUCUGUCAUUCUGGUGCUUCUCUUGUUUCUAGCAAUUGGUUCAGCCAAGAUUUUUAUUUGGUACAAACAAAGAAAUAAUAUUCCAGAGCCUCAGCAACAGCACCUGGGAAAACUCCCGCAGGAUCACUCAGUUUACACUGUAGACUAUGGGAUCUUAGAAUUUGGAGCCAGUCAGCCCUACAGAAAGUCACAAGACCUGAGUCAACUGGACCAAGUGGAAUAUGCAACAAUCAUGUUUCCACAACAGACCCCAUCAUUGGGAGAGAAAAGGGGAAAAUCACUAUGACUUGGAAAAA